GUUCAAGCAUUAGGUCAGAAUUAGAGAUUGAUAGAAAUAAAGGUCUUGGAAUAGUACAAUAAUAAGUAUAAUCCCCUGUUUAUAGCUAAAAAAGAAGCCUAAAGUUGUAGAUAAGAUUUGGUUGAUUCAGUUUUAUUAAGUUUGCAUUUGAACACAUCUAUGUAGGUCCCACUGGAGAAGCACAUAUAGUAGCACAUGACAACACUUUCAUUUUCAGGUAAAUCAAUUAAGAAUAGCAUAUAGUGACUGAUGGAUAUUUUCUGUGCAAAAAUUGUGGCAGAAUGAGAACCCUCCAUAAAGGGCAAAAGGCAAUCAAAAUGAACCUUAUCUAGCAAACACCCAAACACAAAGCACAACAUGACAGAUUGAAGAAAACUCGAAUAUCAUUGAUCAGGAUUCAGCACAAGAUGACAGAUUGUUGGGUUUCAUACAGUAAAAACAAUUAUAUUUAACCCUGGAAAUCGAAAGCAUACCAGAUAUAAGCAGCAGUAUCUAUGUCCUGGGACCAUUGAGUAAAUUGUUUCUGACAGCAAUAGAAUGACUGCAAACUGAAUAAGCAUGAUCAGCAAAGGCUUUACUGUGGAAAUCAUGUCGCUCCUGUUAUUCCUCGCUCCAAAUCGGGCUGUGCUUGACCACUCGAAAAUGAGGUCUAACCAUGGAAAUCAUGCCGUCUUGGGUCGUCUUUGUGCCGUGCUUAUCAUGCCUUGUGCCAAAACUGUGUCAAGUCGUGUCGUGCUGUUGCUGGUCGGCACUGCCGGCAAACCCACUUCCACCUUUAGGAUGUGAAAAUUUAUCAUACUAUCACAAUAAUGCAAAAUCUCAGAUGAUUUUACACUUCCGUUUCAGGAUGCCCAAAAUUGUUUUAAGAAAUGGCUUUAGAUUUUAUUCUCAAUCUAUAAGUGGGUUGAGCUAUUAAAGAAAUGUAAGAAGAGGUUAGUGAUGGCCACCAGGAACCGAACCGGUCCUGAACCACUUGACACCAUCCCGGAACCGGAACCGGAACUCUGAAACCGUCAGAAAAACUGCUUGAACCGGACCAAAGAACCGCGGGCCGGUUCACCCGGACCACCGGUUCCAAGGAACCGGACCGGACAGGUUUACCUAGCCCAACGAUUCUUUGGAAUCGGAACAGUGACCGGACCCGGCCCAGCGGUUCUUUGGAACCGGCCGUUAACUAGCCGUUGGGAUUUUUUGUAUAAAUACAUCACAUUUUCAAUCAUUUUCGUUCACAACUCAUCUCUUCUCCUACUCUCUCUACUUAAUUACUUAAUUACGCAAUUAUUCUCUUAAUUACAUAAUUACUUAAUUACAUAAUUAGUCUUUUAAUUAUUUCUUAAUUACAUAAUUAGUCUUUUAAUUAUUUAUUUUAUUUCUUAAUUCCAUUAUUAUUUCAAUAUUAUCAUGUCUUCAUAUUUUAAAAAGGCCUCCAAAAAAGGUACUAAAGUGGCAAAAUCAUUGGGAGGUUCUAACUCCAAAAGAAAGGCCACUUCAACUUCGUCGUUGUCAACAACACCUUCAGUUAAUAAUUAUAAAAUUGAACUAAAUUAUCCAAAAGGGUACGACCAAAAAUUACACGAUUAUGCAGAAGAAGUGGAAAGAGAAAUACAAAUUGAAGAAGAAGAAGAACAAGAAGAGGAACCAACGACCCCUAUUGAGAUACAUAGAUCUCGACAGUCAUCAACGAGAUCAUAUGAAAAACAACUACAACAAAAACAACAACAACAACAACAACAAAGACAAGCUCGUGAUGAAAAUGAACCAGUAAGACAACCUUUUCCGGCAAUGCCACCUCCUAGUGGUAGAGCUGUUUCACAUGUGUGGUCGUAUUUUACAAAAGAACCAACCGACAAUUUGGAUGUUUUCUUAUGCACUUGUCAAAUUUAUGAAAGUCAAGGAGUAAAUCCCUUAGUUUCAUACAAUUUCAGCAGAGGUGGUGGUACGAGAUUUUUUAACAAACAUUUGGCAAAGAAGCAUGGAAUCACAAAAGAAACUCAUGUAGCAAGCGGCAGCGGGACCAUAAGUGGAAGCCGACAGUGGGACAUUCCCAGCUGAAGUAGAAGAGUUUUAGAUGAAAAGAGAUGUCGUCAAAGUCUGCUUCUACGUUUGCAAGAAAGAUUGGGAUCAAGCGGAGCUUCGAACACAAGGACUCUAGAAUGAUGAUGAUCAAAGCGAUGAUGAUCCAUGGAUGAUGAUGGAUACAUCUGCAUCAUCGUCAGGAGGAAAGUCAGCGGAAGCAUCUAACCAACAAGAUGAUGAUGACGAAGACGAAUAGGAUCAAUCGGACAACGAUCAAUCAACAUUCAACAACUACAAAUAAAAUGUAUGACAAAGAACGACGUGGGCUUUGAUUCCUUCGGGAUACGUAGACAACUUAGUAUUCCUUCGGGUACUAGGUUCAAGU